AUGCACUACAUCCAACUGCGCAUGCGUCGUUCAAAGAUGGAGUCCGACGAGCCUCCGGUGUCGGUCUCCGUGUCUCCGGGAGAAAAGAUGAGGCUGUUGGUGAAGCAGCGAGUCCACGCGGCCGUUGAAGAGUCUUCUGGGCUGUUGGACACAUUGACAGCAGCUUAUGAGGACACCGUGUCUCCGCUCAGAGAACACGAGCGACACGCAUCAGAUGCCCAGCAGCUGUUGGUGGUUAAAGAAGAGGUUCUUUCUGAGCAGCAGGUCUGGAGCUCCAGUCUGGACCAGGUGCAUCCAGAGCCCCCACUAGUUAAAGAGGAACAGGAGGACCAGGAGAACCCUGAGCCCCCCCACAUUAAAGAGGAACAGGAGGACCAGGAGAACCCUGAGCCCCCCCACAUUAAAGAGGAACAGGAGGACCAAGAGAACCCUGAGCCUCCCCAUAUUAAAGAGGAACAGGAGUACCAGGAGAACCCAGAGCCCCCCCACAUUAAAGAGGACCAGGAGGACCAAGAUAACUCAGUGCCCCCCCACAUUAAAGAGGACCAGGAGGACCCAGAGAACUCAGUGCCCCCCCACAUUAAAGAGGACCAGGAGGACCAAGAGAACCCUGA